CCGGCCAUGGAGCUGUGGCAGGUGCCGCUGCUCUUCUCGCGCCUGCCCAUGUUCCCCUUCUUCGACCUGGCGCACUACCUGGCCUCUGUCAUGGCGCUGAAGGAGCAGCGGGGAGCUGUGGAAGUAUCAGUCCGAAGUCCAGUUGCCUGCUGGUUUAGUGCUAUGCUUUAUUGCUUUGGUGGUUCAGUUUUGUCUUCGUUGAUGCUUGCAGAACCUCCAAUAGCAUUUUUGGCAAAGGGCACAAAUAUUCUACUGGCGUCUUCAGUCUGGUAUCUUGUGUUUUACUGCCCACAAGACAUAUUCUACCGGUGCUUUGCCUUUCUGCCUCUUCGGCUUCUGGUUGCAGGAAUGAAAGAAGUGACUAGGACUUGGAAGAUAACAGCUGGCGUUGCACAUGCAGACAGUCACUUCAAAGAUGCCUGGCUUGUCAUGGUAGCUGUGGGCUGGGCCAGAGGAGCCGGUGGUGGCCUAAUUUCCAACUUUGAGCAGCUGGUGAGAGGAGUGUGGAAACCUGAAACCAAUGAACUACUGAAGAUGUCCUACCCUGUGAAGGUAACUUUGAUAGGAGCAGUUCUUUUCACCCUGCAACACAGCCAGUACUUGACAAUAGCAAGACACAACCUUGUGUUUUUAUACACCGUCUUUCUUGUUGUCUCCAAGGUAACAAUGAUGUUGACAAGAUCUGCAACUUCUCCAUUUGCUCCCUUUGAGGCUGCAUUAGGCCAUAUGUUCUUUGGCUUGCAAAAGACACCAUCCAAAGUGAAGGGUGAAGGUGCCGCAUCUUCUAAUGGCUCUUCAGUCUGUGACCGGUCUUCUGAACAGCACCGUGAUGGUGUUAAGAAAAGACAGGCAAAGAAAACAGAAUAAGUGGCUUAAAAUGCUUGAUAGUCAUAACCUUUGAAGGUGUUUGUAUUUCAGAUUAGGCUGGCUGAGAAAUUUGUUUAAAGAAAGAGAGAACAAGAUUGUAUACUACAGUGGUGUUG